AGCCCGCGGUGUUUGAACGGGUUGGGGGUAGUGCAUUUGAAAAAGUACACCUUGUUCUGGGAUAUGGCACUUUGACAACUUUCCCCCUGCUCUUUCCAUGGAUGCCCUAGGUGCAUUGGAAAGAAAGGUAAUAUAUACAGAAGCGUCUAGUAUUUCUGAAGCCAUACGACUCAAUCAAAAGGUCAUCCUACUGGAUUCGCGUUCGUUUAUGGUAUAUAAUACCAGUCACAUACUUACUGCCAUUAAUAUAGGUGGUAACAGGGCAUUCCAGAGAAAGUUUUCCCAAAAUCAGGUCAGUAGUUUGCAUAUAUCCAGACAUCUUCGAAUAAAGGUCCCGUUAGAUUUACUUUUGUGUAAACUGACAAACUUUGAAAACCCUACAGAGUUACAAAAGUUACCAAUUGUUGUCUACGAUGAGUUUAUCGAUUCUAUACUGAACCUAAUACCUGGAUGCUUCUUGUUUUCUUUAUUGACGCAAUUGACUCUAAAAUUUCCAGUCGUCUUUCUCCUUAAAGGUAAUUAAAGAAACAACUUUUAGAUUUGUUUUUCUCCAGGUAUCUAUUACACAAGUCUUUGGGAUAUCUUUACACUUUUACUGACUAUCAUUACGUAGUAUACCCUUUGUUGGUUGUAAUAUCUGGUAAUAAGGUACGAAGAAAAUACUAAACUUGUUAAGUACUUGAUUUCUUCGCCUUUCAUGAGAAACCACGUCGGUAUUUUUUCGGUUCACAUUAACAUUAUUAUCGCGUAUCUGAAUCUCUUCCAUCUGGCAAUCAUUACUCUUGGUGGAGUAGUUUUAAAUCAAACAUUUGUAUUUUCUGUUGCAGAUACAGUACCUAAAUGCAGUAGAUUUCUCUGUAAAAGGAUUUUUGAUGUUCCAAAUCACACUUAAUCUACAACCAUAACUAGCUGCAUAUUAAUUCAACUUGAAAGUUGGCAGAUGAACAUUAAUUCAUUUCCCAGAGUUAUGAUAUAAAUAUAUUUUCAAACAUGAACUAAUAUGGAUCCAAAAAUACACUUCCAAAAACGUUAACUAUUUCAACUGCAUUUACCCUUGAUCAUUCCUAUUUCGAUUGUGUUCCUAAAUAUAUUUCAAAUUUGGUCUUAUUGACAAAACAUCGGGUUGAUUUUAAUUUCUGAGUUUCGUCGUUAUUGCCUACAUCAAAUAUCUGAUAUAUGCUUAGGCCAUCAUAUAAAUGUGUAUCUCUGUCACUUAGGAAAAUUGAUGCAUUUCUUAUUAACUUAAGUGGUUUACCACUUCAUCGUUCACUUAUUCAUGUGAGCUUGUUUAGCGCACUCACAUUUACAUGUUAUGUUUUGAGUAAUUGUUGUAGGUAAUCCCGUGCACUUUAUUGACAAUGCUGAAUGGUUAUCUCAUUAUAGAGCUUUCUAUAUAGAGCUCACUCACAAGUUUAUUCCUACUCGCCACCAAAAUUAACCGAUUUUUAAUUCCUUGUGUGAUUUUGAUUAGAGUAUGACAAACCAUCCAUGACCUUAAACUUAUAUUCAUUGGAUUAUUUUUAUUCUUAAGUCAGUUGACGCGUUUUCAUUGGACUGAAUAUUAAUCUCUAUCGCGCACCUUUUAUACGUCUCAAGUGGUUUGAGCGUUUCCUACCGUCAACUUAUAACACCAAAUAAAUCAGGGUGUAUUUCAGAUUGUUUCCUCUUCAACUUUACCAUCGAUGACGUUCUGGAAAUACCUCUAAUGGAUGUAAGUGCUGUGGAUCUGUUACCCGUAGAAAGACGUUUUGAUUCUGACUAUGUGGAUGAUAUUGUUUUAUUCUACGAUGAUACUCAAGUCAUGCAAUUCGCACGCAAUUAGUUGGAGAUCAGUGUCCGUAGACAUGUCACGUGCUUUGCGCCUUUUAGGUGCGAAGUAAUUUUGCGAGGCUGAUUGGAGCCUGUACCUGUACUCACUCAUGCUAGUGAGUAAUUAGAAGUAGUCAUGAAGUUUGUGCACCCGGGUAGCUAUGUAAUUUCUGAUGGCGUGAAUGAUGAGGUCAAUCUACGUAUAGUGAGAGCCAAAGCCGCUUGUUACAAUCUGGUCCAUCUUUGGUGCUGUUUGCUGAUGUUAGUUUGUCUGCAAAAGGUCAGAUUUCUAAUGCGGCAGUGAGAGUGGUUUUACUCUAUGCUUGUGAAACCUGGCUUUGAGAUAAUGUCAAGCGACAUUGUUUAUUGAUCAUUGUCUAUGAAGGAUUGCUAAUAUUCAGUGGCAACUCUAUAUUAGCAAUGGGGAGGAUUAGGAACGUGUAUUUGGGCAUGGUGACGAUUAUCUUGGAACACUGGACAUGUACUACGAACGUUAUCCCAGCGAAUCUCACAUCGUGCAUUAUUUUCCGAAGUGAAGUAGUCAGUGUUUCCCGUGUUGGCGUGGUAUGAUAGAAAGCUGUAUAGUACUGGCAUCUGUCGUUCCUCAAGGACUCCCUAAUUGGGGUCCUAGUGAUAAUGAAAUGAGAGCUUAAAACGUUAUCAGACAUGGUUCAAAAGAUAAGCCCGUGGCGGUCGUGCUGUAGUUUUCUUUUGCUUCAUGUAAAUGAGAGGAACUUCUUUAACUGAGAUAAUUUUUUCUGGUUGCAGUUUUUCUAUCAUAAAUGCUUCUCCCACUAUCUUUUUUACUUUCACUGGUUUUUCCUAUUUCCGUUGUACUCACCUACAUUUGUCUCUUCACCUUCUCAUUUUUAUUGUGUAGUGCUUAUAUAUUUUGGUGCCCCUUUGUACCAAUAAAUAAAUAAAUGAAAUACAUUGGUUUUCUAACUCAACUUUACUAUCGUCUUGGUCAUAUUUCACUGUAUAUCUUUUUAGUGACAGUAACUAUUUGUAUUCUCUCAUCCCAUCACAUAGGAGGAUUUUUGGGGUUUCAAGCAUCAUUUCCAGAAUUAUGCUGGGUUAAUACAGAAAAAGUUGCGGGUGAAGAUUUUGCUGAUUAUCAUCAGUGUGACUGCCAAUUAGAACAAAUACUAGAUGCUUGCUUAGGUUAUUCAUCUUCUACUGACUUUUCUAAAAUCCCGGCAUCCGAACAUGACAUUUUAUCUGCAUCGGCUACAACCACUCAUCCAACUUCUAUUACAUCAAUAUCUUCAAGUUCAAUUUCAUCGAAGUCUGCUUCAUCUUCUCUCCCAAUUCCAUCGAAGGAACAGUUUUCAGGUGGGAUUUCCAGAACAUUAAGUCCUGAUGUACCUGUGGAUAGUCGUUCAAGGUCGAUUAUAGAAAUGAAAGUUGAUAAUACUGGUAGUACAUUAACUCGUCCGUCUCCAAUUCUACCACAUUUAAUACUAGGAAGUCAGGAAGAUGCUAAUUCCCCAACUAUUUGUAAACGUUAUGGAAUUACUCAUAUUCUUAAUGUAUCUCUUGAAGGCGGUAUUCCUUCACAUAUUCCCAGUCAAAAUUUCUAUCAAAUUCCUGUGAACGACAAUUAUACUGACCUCAUGACACCAUACUUCAAAGAUGCUUUUGCAUUUAUUGAGUCUGCUAAAGCAGCUCAUGGACGAGUUUUGAUUCAUUGUUCAGCUGGAAUAUCUCGGUCACCUACUCUAGCAAUUGCCUAUCUUAUGUAUUCAUGUCGAAUGAAAAUGCAUGAAGCAUACGAUGUUGUUAAAUCUGGACGAAACAGCGUUGCACCUAAUUUUAAUUUUCUUGGACAGUUGUUGGAGUUUGAGCAUCAACUUCAUGAUUCUGGUUGUAGUGAAGCUUCUAUUCCAAUGGAUAGCACUCCGACUUUUGACAGCCCUGCUAGUUUGUGUUCAGUUCUAAGCAUGUCCACAGAGGUACAAAGCUCUUCUAUGUUAAAGUCUGGUCUUCAUUCGUCAUCAUUAUCACUAAAUUUAACUCCAUCGUCUCCGAAGGUGUUAUCUAAGAAACGGGAAAGACCAACAUACCUUGGUUUGGAGGCUACUUCGUCUUUUGCAGGAGUUUUAGAAGGAUUUGUUGGAAAAAGUUCGCUACACUGUGGGGGGUCGGUUAGACCAAUUCAUGAGUCUGGAAUAAGCCCAACUGAAGAAAAACGUAGCAGAGUCUCAGCGUUGUUGUCACCUACUCAGUCUUCUAAUCCAUUAUUGCCGUCUCCUUGCACUGGUCUGUCUAAGCUAGAGAUAUCUUCACCCUUAGAAGAGUAUCGCUCUUUACUGUCUGUUUCUCGUGCUCCAUCGUCUUUUGUUCAUGGACAUGUGCUUCCGGGUCCUGAAUCUGCCAUACAGAUGCUUAAAUUCAAACCUUUUCUUUCAUCUUAUACAAGUUUACAAACUUUGAAGUUUGAACCGUGCUCAACUGUUAUGCCACCACAUCCUAUCCAAUUAACCACUACACUUUCACCAGCUAGUAUUCUUAGACUUCGUCGUUCAUCAUCAACAGUUGGUGCCGCAAGACCAACUUUGCUUGCUCAGCGUCGUCUUUCUUCACAUGCAAGUGCACCACCGACCCCAAGGCCAGUAUCUACCGACGGAAGCCAUCCAGUUUAUCGUAGUAUUUUACAUACACAUGGAGCAUUUCGUUUACCAAGUAACUUGCCGUCAACUAGUUCAUCUAGAGUGAGAGAGCUUAGUCCUUCCACUCCAGUAUCUCAAGAACCAAAGCUUGAAUACGAACAGCUUCAGAAAUGUAAUGCGAAUGUUGUUGGGAAUGAAUCAUUUGAAAACCAGGUUGCUCCCACAGGGUGUUCAAAAUCUCUUUCAUAUUGUCGAAAACCUAGUCUACCUGUUAAUUUAUUGCGCUCACAUAGCAAUGAAUGCUUAAACAGAAGUUAUAUAAAAAGUGACAAAUUUCAGGGUUGUCUCAUUUCAUCAUGUAGGUGUUUCAAUACAUCUAAUCUCAGUCAUAGUGCCCCAUCACAACGUGAUAUAGAUCUAGUCUUUUUUGGGGAUCAGGGUUUUUCGAAUAAUUCCUCUCAUCUCUUUUCUCUACGCAGGUCUUUACCUGUCCCCGGUGAGCUUACUUCAUCGUCUCCAAUGGAUUCAAAGAGAUUCGACCCUGGGCAGUUGUCAACUAACUUAAAAAUGACCAAUAUUGCUACUACCAUGCGGUUAAUACCAAAAGGUACUAGUGUGGAUACUUCUUGUCGACUCCAACAACAAUCCUUUGUGCAAUCAUCUGGUAGUAGCAGUCCAUCACCAUCGGCUAGCCAUAAUUCACCACAUAACAGUAGUAGUUAUAGUUUAUUCCCAAUUUCAUAAGGAGCAUUUUGUCCAGUUUGUUUAUAGAGAAAGAAUUGCUUUCAGUCAGCACUAUUUCCUUCCUUGCUUUUUCUACGAUCAACAUUUAAAAACUAGUUUGAUUGGUUCAUUUUCUUUCUUUGCUAAGUAUUUGUAAAUAAACUUAGUGCAUUUAUCGACUAGAACUAAAUGUAUUUGUAUAACGACUAAUAUUACCGUAAUUACUAACAGCCUUGACUUGUUUUGCUAUCCAGGUUUUUUAAAGGCUUAUGAAUGGUGACUGUUUACCACUCUGAUUUUAAGCCUUUUAUUAGGGUGUUAUCGUUCCAAUUUGUCUUGUGUGUUUGUCUUUUUUAAUGUUUUCUCCCCACUUUGUUUUCCUUCUUUCCCCAAUUUUUUACCUAUUUAUUUUAUCCGAAUAAUUGAUUAUAUGCAUUUUACAACCUUGUUUAUACCUUAAACAUUCCACCAUUUUAAGUACUGCAAUAGUAUCCUUACUGGCCAAGUUAAAGGUGUUCUGGUUGAACAAUUGUUAUAUAUAUACUGUACAUGGAAAAAUAAACGCACACUUAAUUCACUUGUGCCUUACAUAAUAUUUUAAUAGUUUACUUAACUGUAAAUAUCCCUAACACUUUUUUCUUUUAGUGUGUACACAUAGAGAAGAACCAGUUUCUUUUUUAAUUUUUUUAAAUGUACGUCAAACAUUUAUCUAAUACUACCUACCUACUUAUGUACAUGUAUACUACAUAUACUGUAUUUGUUCUAGGGAUUUUUCAAAUUAAAUCAAUUUGUUGUC